AUGGUGGUGUGCAAGUUUUGGCUGCAAGGCAAUUGCCGCUUUGGCAACAACUGCCGCUAUGAGCACCCGCCGCAGAAUCAGAACCGCUUCGGCGCCUUUGGCCAGCCCAGCACCGGCGGCUCGUCGCCCUUUGGCAGCAGCACCACCACCACCGCCGCCACCACGACGCCUGCCACCGCCUCGACACCCUCCACAGCCAACGCCUUCAAUGUCUCGUCGGCCAGCAUCGUCAAGGACCUGACCGAGGACCGCCCCUCGUGGGUCUUCUCCGCCUACGGGCCCGGCCGCAACGCCCCCGCCCAGCUCUUUGGCGGGCCGCAGACUGAGCAGUCGUUUGAGGAGCUGCGGCUGCACUACUACAAGGCCCAGGCCGCCGGCAACCCGCAGGCGGCCAUCAACGACAUGGACACGCUGUACCGGCAGAUCGAGCAGCAGAUGCAGACGGCCGUCAAGAACCCGGACGCGGCCGCGCAGUACGUGCUGCAGGCCGCGCAGCAGCACCCGAACCGGCUGGACCAGUGCGCCCGAAACACCCUGACGCCGUCGCCGGGUGUCUUUGAUGAGGGCAAACAGAGGGGCACCCAGCCGCAGUCGACUCCGUUUGGCGGCGGCGGCACGUUUGGUGCGCCGUCACAGCCGGCCGCCGCAAACCCCUUUGGACAAGCCCCGAGAACGGCCACAACGACGACACCCGCCAACCCAUUUGGCGCACCACCGUCGACGUCCACCACAACGACGUCGCCCUUUGGCGCCAAGCCCGCGUUUGGUCAGCCUGCAGGUGGCGCGGCCUUUGGACAGCCGUCGCAAAUGGGCGGCGGCAGCGCAUUCGGUCAGCCGUCGGCUCUGGGCGGCACCGCCUCGGCCUUUGGCAAGCCAGCGGCCCCUGCGUUUGGUCAGCCGGGCGGCGGCGCCUUUGGCCAGCCGUCGCAGCUGGGCAGCACGACGUCACCCUUUGCGAAACCGGCGGCGCCCGCCUUUGGUCAGCCUGGGGGCGGUGCUUUUGGUGCACCGUCGGCCGGCACGCCAGCCGCAUCCGGCGGUGGCUUCUCCAAGUUUGCGUCCUCGACCCCGGCGGGCGGCGGCAGUGCUUUUGGCCAGCCGUCGCAGAUGGGCGGCAUGACCUCGGCGUUUGGUAAACCGUCGGCGCUCGGUGGCGGUGGCGGUGGCGGCCCGUCGCCGUUUGGAGCCGCCGCCUCGAGCGGAGCAUCGCCGAGUCCCUUUGGCGCCGCCCCCUCGACCACGACGGCACCGCCUUCCAAUCCAUUUGGCGCCGCGUCGGGUGGUGCAGCGGCCUCGCCCAGUCCAUUUGGCCAACCGGCCGCAGCAGGCUCCACGACGACGACUACGACUACGCCAGCCAACCCGUUCGGCCAACCUGCGGCGGCAGCGUCAUCUGCGCCUGCCAAUCCAUUUGGCCAGCCGUCCACAGCCUCGGCCACUCCAGCAGCCAACCCGUUCGCAGCGGCUACUAAAGCACCUGCAGCGGCUUCGCCGUUUGGCCAGCCGUCGGGUGGAUCUGGUGGGUUCCAACAAACCGGUCAAACACCAUCACCAUUCGGCCAGCCUCAACCUGCGGCUGCCACCGCCGCCACCGCAAACCCCGCCACCAACGCCUACGGCCCUCAUGCCUCCAAACAGCACCCGCCCAUUGACGCCUACGCCCAGCGCGACCCGUCCAACCCGUCGCGGCUGGUCGCCUUCCAGGGCCGCCGCGUCGUGUACGAAUCACAAAAGGACUCGGCCGACAACGUCAUCGAAGUCCCCAUGGUCCAGCGCCCCUCGGACGGCAAGCCUGCCAAGGUCUGGUUCCCGCAGGGCGCGCCGCCCUUCAACGAGGACACGGAGUGCAAGCCAAGGAGCAUGUACACGGAUGCCGGCAGUCCCGUGCCGGCGCAGUACCAGACGUUCCUCAAUACAGGGAGGUUUGCGGUGGGCAUGAUGCCGGAAGUGCCACCAUUGCGUGAGUGGUGCCUGUGGAAUUUCUAA